GAAGAAAAAAAUAAAAUAAAAUAAAAUUCUACUAUAUAUUAUUAUAUUAUGUACAUAACAUACGAACCAAACGUAGAAAAUGGAGAACGGGAGCAGUGAUUAUUCUGGUGCACUAGAGUUAGAACAGGAGCCAACAUCAACCUCUUCUUCAUCUUCUGCUUCAGCAAAACAACCAGGAGGCUGGAGAUCCAUCAAAUACAUCAUUGGAAAUGAGUCCUUCGAGAAAGUGGCAUCCAUGAGUUUGGUAUCAAAUCUCACAGUCUAUCUGCUCUCAAAUUACAACCUCAGUAAUAUAUAUGUGGUCAAUGUCGUGCAAAUUUGGAAUGGAUCCUCCAACAUCUUCUCAUUAAUUGGAGCUUUCAUUUCUGAUACCUAUCUGGGUAGAUUCAAGACCCUCUUCUUCGGCAGCAUUGCCUCAUUUCUGGGUAUUUUGACCAUAACCCUAACAGCAGGUAUACGACAACUGAGACCCCAUCCCUGCGACGACAACAGACACCAUUGCCAAUCUCCAGAUGCCUUGCAGCUAGCAGUUCUCUUUUUUGGUCUUGCACUGUUGUCCAUAGGAGCCGGUGGCAUCAGGCCAUGCAACAUUGCUUUUGGUGCAGAUCAGUUUGACUCCAAGACAGAGAAGGGUAGGGCCCAACUGGAAAGCUUCUUCAAUUGGUGGUACUUCAGUUUCACCAUUGCACUUGUUAUAGCACUCACAGCUGUUGUCUACAUUCAAACCAAUGUAAGUUGGACUCUAGGCUUUGCUAUUCCCACUUGCUGUCUUGCUUUGUCCAUUGCCAUCUUCCUACUUGGCCGCCACACUUACAUUUGCCAGAAGCCUCAAGGGAGCAUCUUCUCAGACAUGGCCCGAGUAAUUUCAGCAGCCUUUAGAAAACGCAACGUACAGGCUUCUGGUAGAACCGUUUACAAUCCUGCUCCAACAUCGGAGGAAGCAAAGACUGUUCAGACAGAUAGGUUCAAGUUCCUUGACAAGGCUGCUAUAAUAGUUGAUCCUAGUGAAUUGAAUGACCAAGGCAUGGCUAGAAAUGCUUGGAGACUUUGUAGCUUGCAACAAGUGGAACACUUAAAAUGUCUGUUGGGAGUUCUACCAGUGUGGGUGACAGGAAUUUGCGGCUUCAUUGUGAUGGAUCAGCAAAACACAUUUGGGGUGCUUCAAGCUGUUCAAAGCAACAGGUCCAUUGGGCCCCACUUCAAGGUCCCACCUGGUUGGAUGAACCUGACAUCAAUGAUAGCUCUCUCAUUUUGGAUAUUCAUUUACGAGUGUGUCUACAUUCCCCUAGCGAGAAAACUAAGCAUAAAGGCUCCAAGAUUGGCCAUGAAGAAAAGAAUCAGUAUUGGGAUCUUGUUGUCCAUCUUAUGCAUGUCGGUAGCAGCAAUUGUUGAAAAGAAGCGGCGUGACUCAGCUUUGAAACACGGUUUGUUUGUUUCACCAUUAAGCUUUGCAUGGCUGCUGCCUCAGUUUGCACUUUCAGGCCUCAAUGAGGCCUUUGCUGCUGUUUCCAUAAUGGAAUACUUCACCUUGGAAAUGCCAGAGAGCAUGAGGACUGUUGCUGGGGCUAUCUUCUUUCUGAGCCUGUCCAUUGCAAACUACAUGGGCUCCUUGAUUGUCAAUAUUGUCCAUAAAAUAACUUCUAGCAAUGGAAAAACAUCAUGGAUUGGGGGCAAUGAUUUAAACCACAAUAGGCUUGACUGCUACUAUUCUGUUAUUGCUGCACUGGGAGGUUUGAAUUUCAUCUACUUCAAUUUCUUUGCAUGUCGUUAUUGUGACAAGGACAAGGACAACCUCAAAACAGAGGCACAGCAAGAGCAUUCAAAUGUUGUGGGAGAAUCAUCUGAACCAAAUGAUGAGGAGAAGGCAUUGGAUAUAACAGGCACCACCAAAAGGGAAACAUGACCUCUCAUUCUCCUCUUGUUGGAGUUCAAACUAAAAAAAUUCAAGUUCUUUAGCGCUGCUGUAUAUUCAUUUGGUAGAUUUUCUUUCUCUUUGAGGAAACUAAAUGUAACUAAGUUCUGGUGUAGGUUUUGUCUUUUACUUUCUAUCCUUGUGUCUCGGACACUUUGUCAUUAAAUAAUAGUUUAGAUUUUUUAGAUCAAAAUUUGCUUCCUUAAGUUUUAGACUUUCACAUAUAUAAAUAGACA